UUUUCCCGGGAUGGUCCUGCGAGGUCGCAUCAGCCGUCAGUGAACGAGCCAUCGACCGAGUGCGUACUACUAUGGCAGCAGCGCAGCGAGGGAUCAUGAAUGACCCGCCCAACACCAGGCGUGCCGCAGCGGCUUCUUCUCCUGGAACGUGUUUCUGGGCCCUCCGACGCAGCCUCGCCACGCUGGACAGUGAAAGCAGCGACCGAGAGCGCUCGGUACUAUCGAGAGGCGUCGCGACCCGGACCUCCGCUGUCAACGGCAUGGCGGGUGACACAUACGGCAGCGUGGCGUCGACCGCAGUGACCGCCAGGAAGAAAAGGAGACGGUCUAUCAACAAGGCCGACAGCAUUAGCCCAGAGGCGGCGGCUGGCGGCGGCUCUACGUCGUCGGACGAGAAGACUCCGCUGAGUCAAGGUGGCCCGCCUCCGCUGCCGACGUCGAUGCGAUGUCGCUUGCCCAGCGGCUCACCGUCAUCCUGUCUCAGCGAUGACGAGCUGUUGGACCCGUUCUGCCCGCCAUCGAAAAAGGGAACUGUUGGCUUCUUCUCCUGCGGUCUCGGGGGUUGCAGAAAGAUCAAGGAAGCGGGCCACAUUUUCAUGAAGUCAUUCCUCGUGGUCGCCCUCCUUGCUGCUGUGGUCCUGAUGGGCAUAUUUCCUGAAGCGGACGAAGACACCAAGGGCAGCAAGUUCAACGUCACAAGUGGCAGUGGAUCGCACCGAAUUCAUCUGGACGACUGGCAAUCUCCCGUUCAACUGUCGUUGAGAGGCCCCUUUCUGCAUCGUUCUCUCGCCAACAUGACGGACGUCUUCACGACUGUUACCCUGGUAACCGACACCAACGGCACUUCCAGCGGGUCACUGUCGAAACUUUCGCAGAUCAUGCGCAUUCCAACGGCGACGACCGCAGAUGCCAUCGCUGAGAUCAGCUUCGUCGUCAAAGAGGAGUUUAUUGUGACGGAAUAUCAAACGACUCCUGAUCUCCUGGUUGAGGUUCACGGUAGUCCGCCCGACGUCUCCUACCCACUUCAGAGUCUGCUGGAGCCUUCAGAGGUAGAAUUCGGCUUGAGCGUAUUCCUGGCAGCUUCGGUACUGACUGUGCUCUACUUACUCAUCGUGUUCGAGCUGGUCCACAGGACUCUGGCUGCUCUCAUUGGGGCCACAAUGGCUGUCGGUUCACUCUGCUUGGUGGGUCAGCGGCCGAGUCUGGCGCAGGUGGUAUCGUGGCUGGACGUGGAGACGCUAUGCCUCCUCUUUGGCAUGAUGAUCCUGGUCGGCGUCCUCUGCGAAACGGGUUUCUUCGAUUACGCUGCUGUGCUGGCUUACCGACUGGCUCAUGGUAACAUCUGGCCCAUGGUGACGAUGCUUUGCACGUUCACCGCUGUCAUCUCUGCAUUCCUGGACAACGUCACCACGAUCCUGCUGAUGACACCAGUCACUAUCAAGCUGUGCGAAGUGAUGGACCUCGAUCCAAAGAACGUGCUCAUCAUCCUCGUAGUGUUCUCCAACAUCGGUGGAGCGGCCACUCCAGUGGGCGAUCCUCCCAACGUGAUCAUCAUAUCCAACGCCAGCGUUCGCUCACUGGGCGUGUCCUUCACUAUGUUCACGGCGCACAUGGUUCCCGGCGUCUUACUGUGCGCGCUGGGGGCAUAUAUCUACCUGCGUGUCUUCUACCGGGACGUCAACAAGCUUCGCCUGGCACAGUGCUCAGAUUACUUAGAGAUGGCUCACGAGAUCCAGGUGUGGCAGAAGGCCGUCUUCUCGCUGGCAGAGUACUCGCGCGACGAGACUCACGUGCGUCACGUGCUGCGCAAGAAGGUUCGUAAGCUCGUGCGUCAGCAGAGCAAGCGGAGCCACUACGCCCGUUCCGCCACCCUGCCACCGCCACCCAGCGCGAUCGCGGACCGGACGCCUGCAGGCGGCAAGACUGCCUCUUACAUGCUGGCGGAAGCUGACUUCCGGGAAAACCUGCGCGCGUUGAGCGAGAAGUACAGGAUUCGCGAACCGGCGCUUCUGGUGAAGUCAACCGUCGUUUUGGUCUCCGUCAUCGUGCUCUUCUUUCUCCAGAGCAUACCCUCAAUUCACUUGACGCUUGGAUGGAUCGCAAUUCUUGGAGCCGUGAUGCUCAUGGUUCUGGCUGACACACGUGAGCUGGACGCCGUAAUCGCUCGCGUGGAGUGGACCACGCUGAUAUUUUUCGGAGCCCUUUUUGUUGUCAUGGAGGCACUUGUCGAACUGAAGCUUCUGCUCUGUGGACACUUGACCCAGAACUGGAUUCGUAGCGUGCACCAUGACUCGCGACUUAUUGUUUCAAUUAUUAUCAUAACCUGGGUCUCCGCACUAGCCUCCUCCUUCGUGGACAACAUACCCUUCACGACUGUCAUGAUUAAAAUUGUCAAUGGCCUUGGUGAAAGCGACUUAGGCCUCAAGCUGGGGCCACUAAUCUACGCUCUUGCCUUUGGAGCCUGCCUUGGAGGCAAUGGGACCCUCAUUGGAGCCUCGGCCAACGUCGUCUGCGCUGGAGUUGCGGAACAACAUGGCUACAAGUUCAGUUUCUUCGAGUUCUUCAGGAUUGGUUUCCCGCUGAUGGUGCUCACAACCGCCCUGUCAACUGCAUGGCUGCUUCUAUGCCACGUCGGCCUGCACUGGGAUAUCUGAUUUCACCACCGAUAGAUAGUUCCAACAAAAUGCGUGCACGUGCGCGUGCUCGCAAAGCGAGCUUUGUAUUUUACGGGACGCUGUACUUUUAUCUGUGAGAGCGGUUCCUUGUUGACUUUUAGCUGAAUGUGUAACUCCUGCAUUGAAUGCACGUGUUGACGUUUUAACUGAUUCGUUUUUUCCUUGAAGUUUUUGUCGACCAGCGACGGCUAGUUUUGACAUUUGGCAGGUUUGUAUCCGCUUUUUCUGAGCAACAGUUUUCAAGCUGGUAUUUCAAAGCGGUUUCUCUUUUUUAUGACCCAAUUUAAGUAACUGUGUAUGUUUAUGUUGUCGAUUAUGUAAGCAUGCAACUGAGGUAUAUGCAGAUUCUUUAGUGAGACUUGUGUAUUGAAUGUUGGCCCAUUUACCAUGCCACUGUAAAGGUUUGGCAGUUGUUGUCGAAUAAA